AUUACGCCGUUAUAUAUAUUCCCCAUCGUGCGAAGACAUGGUCAGUCAAAUUUUUAAGAAAACUGUCACGGGGCUUCUUGUGAUUGCUUUCUGCCUCGCAGGCAUCGCGAAAAUCACAGACAAACUUUCUCCUAAAGUCCACCACCAAAUGAAACGUGAUUUUGCUGACCUGGCAAAGGUAAAUCCUUUGAAGGUGUGGUUUCAUCAUGAUGUAAACUCAGACAUGUAUUGUCUGGUUAUUGGCUACCUGGAAGUAAUCUGUGCUCUUGUUCUGUAUUCUGCACCAAGGCCUUUAAAGUUUUUAGGCAUAGUAAUUCUUUUAAUCAUCAUGGCAAUGAUAAUGCAGGGACUCUAUUGGCUGGGAAAACCUGCUGUUGUUUUUGUACCUGGAGCAGUUUCCUCAAUCCUGCUUGUAAUCAAUUUCAUAACACUGUUAGCAGAGGCUCCACCAAAGCAGAAAAAGAGAGAGUGAUUCACAAAUGUUGAAUGUGUCCUUAUCAUGGCCGAAUCAUUUUGCUAGAGGAGAUCAAAUGCUCUAGGACACAUCUGUCUAUCUGUCCAAAACCUGUAAAAAUUAAUUUUUUUGCAUAGGAGUGAGGGAUCAUUUCCUGAUCAGUACCUGGUAUUCAAACCACUUUUUGCAUGAAUGCGACUUUGUAUGUAAUGACUAAAUUACUACAUCCUUUAAGCUCCUGUGAUUUUCUGCUGAAGAAAAGUGAAAUGUUUUUUACCAAGAGAGAACAAACUAAACUGAUUACUAUGGUAUGUAGAAUCCUUUGAAGAUUUAUCCAUUUUGCUUCAGUUCACAUGCAACACACAUUCACAAAGUUUCAGUCUUGCUAGUUGGAGAGCAUUUUAUAUCCUUGUGAAUUAGAACUUAGAGCGAGACCAGCAGUGACAAGUUCAGCGUAGUUGCUGGUUUUGGAUUUUUUUUUCAUAUUGCAAUAAAGAACAUAACUUUAGUUUA